UACCAUUUACAGCUUUGCCUUCUGUUGCUGGAACAGGCUGUGCCCCUAAAAACACAAUAUAAGAAGCCAAACAGUGAGCAUGUCUACAUUGCUGUGAUUGCUGCUCUUCCUCCCGAGACACCACAAGAUCCCAGGAGCACAGGAUGAAGAAGCUUCUUCUGAGUGUCCUUCUCCUGGCCUUUCUCUCAGAGGGGAUGACACAGAAAGACUUAAGAGGGAAGGUGUUCAUUUUCCCUGAAGAGUCGAACACAGCCCAUGUGUCCCUGGUCCCCAGGGUGAACAAGCCGCUGAAGAACUUCACGCUGUGCCUAAAAGCCUUCACAGACCUAACCCGCCCUUACAGCCUCUUCUCCUACAACACCAGGUCGACAGACAACGAGCUGCUCCUCUUCGUCAACAAAGUAGGGGAGUACAUACUGUAUGUUGGGGGCACUGGGGUCACUUUCAAGGUGCCCCCGUCCCCUGACACCCCUAUCCACCUGUGUGCCAGCUGGGAAUCUGCCUCUGGGAUUGCUGAACUCUGGGUGAACGGGAAGCCCGUGGGGAGGAAGGGCCUGAAGAGAGGGUAUACUGUGAAGGAGAAGGCGAGCAUCAUCCUGGGACAGGAGCAGGAUUCCUUUGGGGGAGGUUUUGAUGCCAAACAGUCCUUUGUUGGGGAGAUCUGGGAUGUGUCCCUGUGGAAUCGUGUGUUCCCCCUGAAGAACAUGUGUACCUCAUGUUACCCUGGCAACAUCUUGACUUGGCACGCCCUGACUUACAAAGCCAGGGGCUAUGUGGUGGUGAAGCCCAAGGUGUGGCCUUAAGCCUCACUCUCUUCAGGCAUGUGUUGUGUUCACUAAUGGCCACUCACACAUGCUCUUUGAAAUUAAAUAUGUUGAUUUAAUUUUUUUCUGGCUCUGUUAAGAGGGUGUAAACUACAUUGAAAACACACAAAGGACAGGAGUUCCCUGGUGGCUCAGUGAGUUAAGGACCUGGUGUUGGCACUGCUGUGGCACAGGCUGCUGCUAUGGCAGUGUGGGUUCCAUCCCUGGCCCCAGAACAUCCCCAUGCUGUGGAAGCAGCCAAAAAAACAAAACAACCCCCCUCAAUGGAUAGGUAGUCCUUUAAUAUACAUUCUUUGUGGUUUCAAA